CAAUUUUUGGAAAAGCCACCAACGCGCUUGUGCAUCUGCCAUUUUGUCCUGGCACGCCUCUACGAAAAUAGCGUGAAGAGCAAAGAAAUUUUUUGUCUGUUCCAGCUUUUGACUCGCCUUACAUCAUCCUUCACCUCCUUGAGACGUGAUCAUGUCUAAUAUCGAUGCCAAGUUGCAAAUGAUGGCAGGGGAUAACGAAGGUGGCAACAAACGUGAUCGUGAUGAUGAUAUGGGGUCUCCAGAACAAAUGAACAAAAGGCCACGUGGGGAUGGUCCAGAGAUAACUCUACGUAUCAUGAUCAUGAGUAAGAAUGCCGGUGCAAUCAUCGGGAAGGGUGGCUCCAAUAUCAAACGCUUAAGAUCACACUACAAUGGAAAAGUAAACGUGCCCGACUGCAGCGGGCCAGAGCGAAUCCUGACAAUCACUGCUGCUCAGGAUGAUGCUAUUGCAAGCCUUAUGGAUACCAUACCAAGUUGGGAUGAGUACAAACAACGUCCUGGUAAGGAAAUGAACAAAGAUGAAUUGGAAGUAGAAGUGCGCAUGUUAGUUCAUCAGAGCCAAGCUGGUGCUGUGAUUGGUCGUGCCGGAUUUAAAAUCAAGGAACUUAGAGAUCAAAGUGGAGCAGCCAUUAAAGUGUACCAAGACGUGUGUCCCAACUCAACUGAACGUGUUGUGCAAAUUGCAGGCACACUCGACAAAGUCUCCGCAGCUAUCCACAAAGUCCAGAAAGUCUUACAAGAUACACCCAUAAAAGGACCUAUACAGCCAUAUGAUCCCUACCUUUACAAUGUUUUUGCUGCAAGAGGAUAUGGUGGUUAUGGCGAUCCAUCGUUUGACCGUGGUGGCUCUGGUGGACGAUUCGGUGGUGGUGGAGGAGGAGGUGGACGGCAACAUAUGGGUGGACGACCGAUGGGAGGAAGGCAUGGUGGUUUUGGAGGUGGUGGAGGUGGCGGUAUGGGAGGUGGACCAAGGGGCUUUAUGUCACGUGGGCCUGGAGGACCAAGACGUGGUGGUGGUGGAGGAGGUGGUGGUGGUAUGAGAGGCAGACGUCAGCAGUUUGAUGAUUAUGACUAUGCUUCUGACAUGAGUGGCGACUUUGGUGGUGGAUUCAACAGUGGUGGUUAUGGUGGAGGUGGUGGAGGAAGCUUUGAUGACGCUAAGGGUGAAUCUGCACAAGUUACUAUCCCUAAGGAGUUGGCUGGGUCAAUCAUUGGGCGAAAUGGAGAACGCAUCAAAGGAAUCAGAAAAACGAGUGGUGCCGUUAUUAAGAUUGACAAUGCACUUCCUGGCCAAUCAGAUCGUGUUAUUACCAUCACUGGCCGAACAGAGCAGAUCCAGAAUGCUCAAUAUUUGCUGCAGCAGAGUGCUCAGAACCCAUUCCACAGUGGUGGCAAAAGAAACUAUUAAUAACUGACAUGAUGGAAAAAUUGUGAAGGAUAACUCCAGCCGGUACUAGAUGUGGUGACAAGGUGUUUACUGCCGCCAUCGCAGCACCCGAAACCCAAUGCCAUUUUUCAUUACCACCAUAGCAACACCCCAAUGCCAUGUUUUAAUAUACACACCCUCUAUCUCAAUUAGUCAAAAGCUGUAUUGUAAUUUACAUAUAUAAUUCCAUUUUUAUUAUUUUCCUACUCAGAUAAUAACUGCUUUUCAGUGUAUUUUGUAAAUAAAGUAAAUUAUUCCCCUCACAAGUCUGGUUACCAUAACAACCAAGGCUUGGAUGAGCAAUUGAUUUUUAAGCAUCUGUAUUGUUUUCAAAAUAGCUUACAAUUGUUUUAGAUCUGAUGUACAAAUUUUAAGUGCUUGACUUGUUGGUCUAGAAAUAUGCUUAUUUUGGUGAAUGGUUGAUUUUUUUUGCUUCUUGACAAGUAAUUUUCAAACCAUAUUAUGAUAAAGAAAAGACAUCUAUUUUUAAAGUAUAUAAAAUAUGGUUUCCACGGCAACCAUGGUUUCCUACAUGCCAACCUCAUUCAUACAAUUUUGUUAAUUUUAAACCCCUAAAUAUUAAAAUGAGAACAUGGAAUCAAAUUGUAUGUAUUUGAAUAAGAAGGGAAGCCCCAUGUUUCUACAUAAUAGGACAUAGAUUCCACUUGUUUCUGCUGAUGAAAGGUCAUGAAUUGUAAUGUUUUUAUGCUGUUGAAAAAUACUUUGAAUAAAGAAUA